AUGACCCGAGUCACGGUGUGCCGCAGCGGGCGUGUGGCAGGAGUAACAGGCAGCAGACUGAGCGGUAUCUUGGAGUCUUGGGAGUCACCUAGUUUUACCCAAAAGCCCUCCUGGUCCUUGGCCGACUCCCAUCGACCAGUGCCAUGCCGGGUUGAAAAGAGCAGUGUCUCAGAUGAGAUGGUCUGCCUCGACAUGAUGCGAGACGGCUACUUCGUCCCCCUCAAAGACCCCGCAUAUUGGACACGUUGCCACCACCACUGGCGCUCGCUGCGUACCCCUCGUCUCUUCUGGUUGGCUGGGGAAGAAGUCGGCGAGACUGCGAGGUGGCGGUCCGUCUGGGAACUCCUCGUCUUCUCUCACGGCUACGUCCCGGCCGCUGGCUGGUGUUUCCAGAAUCCUCUGCACUCGUCCCACUCGUCCGUCCUGCAGUCGCACUUUGAUCCCCCGAGGGUGGUUGCCCUUGGUGAGGACCUCGAGCACCACGCCCGGCGUCUCCCGUCCCGUGGGUUGAUCCUCCUUGAGGACAAUCGACACGCUAGCCCCAGGUCCGACUUGCUGGACGGUUGGGACCCGACCGUUGCUAGGUUUGUCCCUGCUGCUGCUGGUCAGGACGUGGCUGACGAUUUCGCGGGCGAUUCAUGA